AUGGUUUCGACAUAUAAGUUGGAAGAAGAGCUCAUCAGGAAAGCUUCGGAGGAAUACAGCCAGAGGACAUGCGCUAACGAGAAGGUCAGCGUUGCCACCCUGGCGCGCGAAUAUAAAGUCUCCUACCACCGUCUUCGUCGCCGAAUCCUCAACGUUCCCUCGCGCUCCACCCGCAAGAGAACCAACCUCAGACUGACCGAGGAGCAGUACAAGGCUCUGUACGAGUACCUCGAGCUGCUGGGGAAAGAGGGAACAUCCGUCACUCCGCAGAUGCUCAGAGACACAGCCAACUCCAUCCUGCGAGAGAGCCAUACAGACCCCAAUACUCCUCCCCCUACUGUCGGAAAGGGCUGGCAAUAUCGUUUUAUCGAAAUGCACCCACACUACUUUCCAAAUAUCAAGGUUCGGAAAAAUGAAUCCAGACUCGGCCCGCUAAGAGACAGCCUCACCAGCCAGGUGGACCAGACAACUUGA